CCCAAAUGGUGCCAAUGUUUUUCUGGUGCCCAUCAUUUCUCACUUCCCCCAACACCAUAUUCAUGGGCCUUUUGUUCGCGCAGGCCCUAGUCAGAGGUUCGGAAAAGGUGCUCACGCGCUCGUCGCCUGGGACAUCGCCGCGAUAUCACCGCGAUGCCAAAACCCAGAAGCGAAACGCCAGUCGUUUUCGUAAGAGAUCAAAACAGGGCACGGAGAGAGAUCAAGUGCCAGUUUCGAGACACUUUCCCCACAUAUGAUGUUUAUUGUAAUAUAUUGUAUUCGUUUUUUGGGGGUGGCUAGGCCACCCUUUUGGUCAUAGUAGAUGGAGGAUUGGCUCCAUUUGCUUGGCAGCGUUCCUUCGUCUUGGCAGCGUUGGGCGGCUCAAAAGUCGGACCGAGACCCGACGUCCGAGUUGCAGUCCCGAUCGCCAAAAUGCACAUGGAUGAAGAGGACAACUCACUGAGCCCACUUGGAAGUGAGCCAGAGCCCUUGAGGCGCAUCUGCCAGCUUCAAGCGGUGGAGCCAGCUCCGUCGUCCGGGAUCUCUUCGACGUCGUCAGGGACGCUUCAGCGUCUUCAGGGACGCUCGGCUACUGGGUUUGAACGACGUGUGAAGCUGUCCCAGACAACCCAUGGGACUGGUAUAUUGGCCGAUCAGUUGGGGUGGUGCCAGAGGGGUCUGUCUGGGGCGGCAGUCCUAUGGCAGUCCCAGACGGGUCGUGUUUGGGUGUGUGAAGCGGCUGUGUGUGUGUGCCUCGCUCCGUCCAGUCGGCCCGGGUGGGGGCGAAAAGACAUGUCGUUGGACCACGAGGAACGAUCGAGGAACGAGGUGCUCCUUUUCUGCUCGUGUGGGAGGAACCAUAGUUGAGCUUUCGUGCUAUUUUGAGGGUGCAAGAACUUGAUCCAGAGAAAGUAUAUGAUUUGCUUCGAACAGGUCCCAGUCCAGUCGUUUUGUUUUCAGUGGAAGUGGACGGGAGUCCGAAAGUUGGUUUUGGUCGGUAGCAAGUGGUCAAGCGCCACGUUCGGGGCGGCUUGGGGAAGGAUCCAUCAUCGUUCGGAGCGUGGAAGAGUCUGGGGAGGUUCUGCUUCGGAAGAUGAUUUUCUGCCCCUAGAGACCUCCCACUUCGACACCCUGGAAGAAGGAAAGAAUAGACCAGGGUGUCUCCCUAUACUAAAGUACACACUCGAAUGGAGGUGGUGGAUGGAUUCGGACCAAUUGGAGUUGUGACUGGUCUAGAAUGGCUCUUUCUUUUCCUCAUGUGCAGAACAAUGCAGAACAAUUCCCAGACACUCCAUGGGACUGGCAUAUUUGCAGUGGUUGACAGUGGUUGAUGUCAUUUUGUCAGCUGAUCGGGUUUCAUAUGCCGUGUCGUGUAUGGCUUUAUAACUUGGUGUCUAUAGGACUCUGACCUGCGCACCGGUGGAAAAACGGCCACUUUUGCCAGGCAAUGCACCUAGACGAGAGACCAGUCGGGCGCUGUGAGCGGGCUGGCGUCUUCCGAUCGACAGGGUCCGGUCGCCUCGCUGUGGCGAACGCGGCGAACGGACGUGACGCGCGUGGCACGUUGGGCACGACGCGAUUGGCAGGUCCAGUGGUGACGUGAGCAACCCCUGCGUCUUCUUCGCCUCGGACUAUGGCUGCAGUCGUGGGAACCAGUGCGGUUUCUGCCAUCGUGGCCAUGUUCGGGACGAUUUCAUGCGUCCGCCCAAGGAGAAGCGCCGCAGGAUGAAGCAGAAGGUCUGGGAAACUAUGUCACAGAGAAACCUCAAUGUGGAGGCAAUCCAGCCAGAGCUUCAGCAGUUGGCUCAGCAACAUCCUUACAUGAGACUGGUGAUCCAAGGAUUCUUAGACAACCUGGCACAGCAGAGGGGCUGUGCCCGUAUCGAAGGAGUGGUUUUCUCUGUUUGAAAGAGGGGGAAGUCCUGGGCAAGAGACCUG